AUGAAGCAAGAUAUUGAACUUCCCGCAUUUUUUGAGGACUACAGAGCCGCUCUUGGGGAAACCAUCAAGGAAUGUGUUCAUGUGAAUACUGAGAGGGCAUCCACAGGCACAUUUGACAGCAAGUUUGGCGGGCACCCGUACUUUCCAAAAGGGGAGAUGUAUCCUGUGGAUGAGAAAGGCAAACCCAUGAGGCUGCUAGCACAGAUCAACUUUGAGCAGGUCCCACAUAUCAGGAAUUAUCCUAAGGCGGGCAUUCUCCAGUUUUACUUAAGCCGCUUUGACAAGCACUAUGGGUGUUCUUUUGGUAGAAGCAUAGAGCAGAAAAACUAUCGCGUUAUUUUCUUUGAUAACAUUGAAACAGAUGAGUCCAAAUUACUGUCUGAUUUCUCGUUCGCGAAUGCCGACGAAGAAUUAUUUCCCAUCAAAUCCGAGGGCAAGCUCACAUUCACCAAAGACACCCAGAUUAUCACGGCAAAUGACUUUCGUUUUGCGCCGCUGUUUGGCGCUGAAGAUAUUGAGGAGCACGAUGAUGAGCUCGAGCAGUACUUUGAAAUGUAUGACCCUUUUUCCCACCUUAUCGGCGGUUAUCCAAAUUUUGUGCAAUAUGAUCCUCGGGAGUAUCACCACCCGGAACUGACAGAAUUACUCCUACAGGUCGAAUCGGACAACACUCUCGACAUCAUGUGGGGCGACUGCGGAGUGGCCAAUUUCUUUAUUUCGUUAAAGGAUGUCAAAAACAAAAACUUUAGCAAGGUCUUGUAUAACUGGGACUGCUCUUAA